AUGGCACGUCUGCUGGAUCUUCCAGCUGAACUCAUUCUAGCCAUUAUUGACUACCUACAAGUGGACAUGAAGCAGGAAUCACUGCUAUACGAUGGACCUGGAUAUGACGAGGGCUGUGAGCUCGACCCUCCACUGAGCGUCAACCACCUGCAUCCUCUCCUGCUCGCCAACUGUCGCCUGCACAGUCUUCUACAGCCCCUGUUAUAUCGUGAUAUCUUCGUUUACGGAAAUGUUCACCUGAAGCAGCUCUCCCGGAGUCUUCAGAAUAACCCGAGUCUCAAGGAACACAUCAUCUCGGCGACCCUCCUAUGGCACCCCUCUAUGCAUGGCUCUCGCAAUGAUAUAUCUCAUUUCUUUUGGUUCAACAACCUACGAACCCUUACUAUUCACGGCUUCUGUGAUUGGGAUUCAUUGGAAUUUGACAAUUCACUUAUUGGCACCUCGCCUGUCGAAUGUCUAAGACUGAUUGCUUGUGGGGCGCACGAGGAGCCUUUGACGACUUUAUUAAGUUGGCCGGUAGCGUUGAAAACGCUUCACUACGAUGUUGAAAGACACGAGUGGGGACUCAAUUAUCAGUUCCCGUUAAAGCGCAGACACUGGACGUGUGCUGCUUUUAUGCGCACGCUGCAACGGCAAAAACCAACACUGGUAGAACUGACACUGACAAGGCCAUGGGAUAAUGGAGAUUACCUGAACAAUGGACCUCAUCUUGACCUGAGCGAGUUCACGUCCCUCAAAACUCUGCGUAUUUAUCACGCCUUUCUCUGUGCAGAUGGUCAUGGUCCGUCCGAGGUCUGGGAGGGCUUACCCCACAGUCUGGAGGUGUUGGAGGUCUUCUACGACGAUACAGACAACGAUCCAUUCGUAUGGGAUAACUAUGAGUGCGAUCCUUUUGUUCUUGAUUUGAUCAAUCACAAGAGGGCACAUCUUCCAUAUCUACACUCGGUGACCAUCCACUCGACGGAAAAAGUCCGCGAUUCCGAAACAGGGGGAGAACUGCCCGCGGGACUCUUGACACUGCCGUCGCUCGCACGUGAAGCCGAAUCCGCUGGUAUAGAGCUGAAUAUGUGGCUGGGAUACGAAGAUGCUCCAACCAUGAGAGAACUGACGUUUCCAAGUCUCUGA